AUCACUGAAGGAACCUCCCUCAAGGCACAGUGUACUCGCACAAAAGGCAGAUAACUUCAGUGUGCAGGUAGCUCAGUUACAAUUACAGCAUGAAGACUCAGAGGUUGGAGAAGACAUUUAUUGGUCUAAUCGCCGUAUUAUUACUAACCGGAGCCUAUUUCCAUGGAAAUCUGGGUGAUCUAGAGCGGUAUGUCAUGGUGGCUGCCGUUCUAAAAAACCAAGACAAAACAACUUUAAGAGAAAAAGCAGCCUCUUCUCUAAGAUCUACAGUGAUGAGCCAGGAGCCACCUCUCGAACCCACUGUGGAAAAGCAAGCCAUGGCUGUGAAUGUGCCCAAACCCACUACAAAGAAGCCCUUGAAGAUCGAGGAUUUUAUACGCUACCCCAAGUGGGAUAUAGAGGAGGACUACCACCGGGACCCUUCUGCAAAAAACACAACCUGCCCAAAGUCUAUAAGAUCCAGAUCUGCUGAAAUUAAUUGGUUUAAACAGAUCUUCAUCCCUGACAUCAGCAUCUUCAUGCACAAAGAACACUUUAAUGAUGAGGAGUGGAAGAGGCUGGAACAUUUCAACCCUCCGUAUGGAUGGAUGGGGACUAAUUACACAGAAGUCAAACAGGCUGUGGAAUUGAUACCUGGGCUAAAGGAACAUAAAGUCCUGCUCAGCUCCAAGAGGAAUGACAGUUGUAUCCGCUGUGCUGCUGUUGGGAAUGGAGGGAUUUUGAACGGCUCUCGGAAGGGUGCUGAAAUCGACUCGCAUGAUUAUAUAUUCCGUGUGAAUGGAGCUGUUAUCAAAGGCUUUGAAGGUGAUGUUGGAGUGAGAACCUCAUUUUAUGUCCACACAGCUCAAACCAUGAUCUCGUCUCUCUGGGUUUAUGAGGAAAUAGGUUUUACCAACAUACCCAUGGAUAAGGAAACAAAAUACAUCUUGGUUACAGAAGACAUGAGGGAUUACCAAUGGCUAAGAGCGUUAAUGCUGAAUACAGAGGUUUCCAGAGGACCCUAUCUUGGAAUGAGGCCAAGGUCGUAUUAUGGGACGGAUGUCACACCAGAAAGGUAUUUGGUUCCUCACCCUGAUUUUAACAGAUACAUUAAAAACAGGUUCUUGAAAUCAGUAACUUUUGAAGGAAAACAUUGGUCCAUGUACAGACCAAGCACCGGCGCCUUCGCUCUACUCCUGGCUCUGCACCUCUGUGAUGUUGUCGAUGCCUAUGGAUAUAUCACAGAAGACUAUGCCAAAUAUCCAAACCACUACUAUGACAAGGCAAAGACAGAAACUGUGUUUUACGGCAAUCAUGACUAUGGAUUGGAAAUCAAGGAGUGGAAGAAACUGCAUGAUGCUAAAAUCAUGAACUUGUAUCAGAGGAGAUAGAGAAAACUUUCCUAUUAGUGGCAUUGUAUCAGAUAUGUGUUUGCAGGGAAAUCUGCUGUGGCAGGUAUAUUCAUUACUGAAUACCCAGUGUUUUAUGGUAGAUGGUAGAAAACUGUUUUAAAGUUCUUUAAAAAAAACUGUUCAAAGUGAAUAACUAUUAUUUCAAUAGAUUAACACUUGCUGUUUGAUAGUAAAAAGUCAUAUAUGAUAUUUUGAGAUAUAAAUACAUGUACCAUGCUGUGACAGGGCAAAAGCCCUGCACUUCUAAAUAGUGUAUCUUUAUUGAAGAUUGGCAGGGAUGAGGUUAAUUCAGUCCCAGCCAAAUACACGUGUGGAAUGUGGCUGGGUCUUGAUUGAAUAUUUAUUUUGUUUGCACUGUUUAUUGUGGCCUGUGACAGGGAGCGCUCCCCUUUUGCCUAUUUAGUUAUUUACGUAUGUAUAUAAUUUGUAUUUGUGUUAUAUUAUUAUUAUUAUUAUUAUUAUUUCUGUAUUAUUUACAAAGCUGUCCAUCCAUAUUAUAAUUAUUAUUAUUAUUUGAGACCGGUGAAAAAGCCGGUCUCGUAAAAUGCAGUAAGCACGGAUGGGGGUGAAUUCCCCAUGCUAAUAAACCCCUGGGAAUGUGGCUGGAGCCGGAAUGGGCCCUUUAUUAAUGGGUAGCUAAGGCUUCAGCCACAGUAUAAAAGAUUCACUCCGGGCUCAUGAGAGUUUAGGAGCGAGCUAAAGAGCGUACACUACCAACCAGCGAACAAGGUACUUGUUUGUAUAACAUAAUUACAGUGUGUGUUAUUUUACUUUGGCCUAUGUGCCCUUUUGUUUAUUAUUGUGUUUUUGUUUAAACUGUUUGUUUAUUUAUUUUUUAAUAAAAAGCUGAGCGUUACUGCAUUCAGUUUAGCCCCGUA